AUGAAUUUGCAGUUUAGAGAAAGGAAUUACCCGGCUAAAAUACUUGAAGAAGCUUUGGGAAAGGUAAGACAGCUGAACAGAGAGUCCUUCUUUGAGACCAAAUCCCCACAGAACUUUGAUAAAAGUUCUGAGUUCAGAAUAAUCCUGCCUUACAAUGCUCAAUCGAAACAAAUCUCACAACUGAUCAAACAACAUUGGCACCAUGUGCUAUAUGAUAAAAUAAUUGGCCCUAUUUUACCAGCUCAACCACUCAUUACCUAUACUAAAGCUCCUAACUUGGAAAAUCCCAUUAAGAAUUCUGAGGAAAACUUCAUCUUAUCACUGAAUUAUAAAGGAGGAGAAGAAGAUAUCCUGCAGCACUCUUCUGGAGAAUACCCAAUUACUCUUAAUGUACAUCCAAGACUACACAGUACAGAUCUAUCAUAUACUCCCCCUAAUCAUGACCAAUCACAGAUUACCACAUGUACAGAUGAGAAAAGGGGUGAAAGAUUUCAGUAUGGUAAACAGUUAAAAAAACGAUCAAGACUUCCUACACAAAGAAGAAUUUGCAAAGAGGAGAAGCCACACUCCUGUCCAGAAUGUGGGAAGUGCUUUAGAAAUAAAUCACAUCUUGUUAGGCAUAAGAGCAUUCACAAAGUAGAGAAGCCGUAUUCAUGUUCAGAAUGUAAGAAGGGCUUUAAACUGAAAUCAUAUCUUGUUAUACAUGAGAGAAUUCACACAGGGGAGAAGCCGUAUUCAUGUUCAGAAUGUGGGAAAUGUUUUACACGGAAAUCAUCUGUUGUUACACAUCAGAGAUUUCACACAGGAGAGAAGCCGUAUUCAUGUUCAGAAUGUGGGAAAUGUUUUAAACGGAAAUCAAAUCUUGUUACACAUCUAAGAUGUCACACAGGAGAGAAACCAUAUUCAUGUUCAGACUGUGGGAAAUGUUUUGCAGAUAAAUCAACUUAUUUUCAACAUGAGCGACGUCACAGAGGAGAGAAGCCAUAUUCAUGUUCAGAAUGUGGGAAAUGUUUUAUACGGAAAUCAUAUCUUGUUACACAUCAGAGAAGUCACACAGGAGAAAAACCAUAUUCAUGUUCAGACUGUGGGAAAUGUUUUGCAGAUAAAUCAACUUAUUUUAAACAUGAACAAAGUCACAGAGGAGAGAAGCAAUAUUCAUGUUCAGAAUGUGGGAAAUGUUUUAAACUGAAAUCAUAUCUUGUUACACAUCAGAUAUGUCACACAGGAGAGAAGCCAUAUUCAUGUUCAGAAUGUGGGAAAUGUUUUAUACGGAAAUCAAAUCUUGUUACACAUCAGAGAUUUCACACAGGAGAGAAGCCGUAUUUAUGUUCAGAAUGUGGGAAAUGUUUUAUACGGAAAUCAUAUCUUGUUACACAUCAGAGAUGUCACACAGGAGAGAAGCCAUAUUCAUGUUCAAAAUGUGGGAAAUGCUUUUCAAAUAAAACAAGUCUUCUUUUACAUAAUAGACGUCACUUGGAAGAGAAAACAUUUGGAUAUUAAUUUAUUAAUGGUUCUUAAAGCUAAUACGUUUUAUUUUUUGGUUGAAAUCCACAGAGGAAAAGUAUUGUGGAUAUAAGGAAGAGAAGAAGAGCAUUGUUUACUUCCAGAGCAGUGAAGAUGAAUUGUCCCCAUGAACCUUGCUUCUUAUCACUGUAUUCACACCUCCCCCACACUGCGGGUGAAUCCAGAGUGACAUCGGGGAGAAAUAACUACGCUCCAUGUAAUAGUUUUAGAAUGUAUG